AUGCAAGAGUGCUAAGAAUAAGAUCACAAUUAAUAAGAAAUAAUAUUAAUUUGCAUAAAUAUGGAUUGUUAGUUAAAAAGAGCGUGUUGUUUGGAUUGUAUUCAAAAGCAUAAAUCACAUAAAUAAGAUUUGAAAACAAUCAAAUAAAUUACAUUAUGGAAAAAGAAUACAACCUAAAGUUACGAACUAUAUUAAAAAAAGAUGAAUUAGAUUAUUGAAAUUAUGGGUUAGGCUGAGAAAUACUUAUCUGAUAUAGGUGAAGAUAUAGAAAAAUCAUUAGAAGUAAUAAUGAAUGAGGAAUAUGAAAAAUAAAUUAGUAAUUUGUUAAGAAUACAAUAAUUAUCAUCAUCUUUUAAUUAAUUAAUAUCUAAUUUGGAGACAUUAAUGGAACCUAUUUCAUAAAUAUUUUCUAUUGUUGAUGCAUCUUCAAGAGACAAAUAAGUUAAGACAUAGACAACUCAAAAUAACCCUAGUAUGAAACUAAAAACUAUUGUCUAAGAAUAAUAAAUAAAAUAUAAAUAAAAAAUAGAUUUAGAAAAUUAAGAGUUUAAACAAAAUUAAGGAAUUAAAAUAUUGAAUAAUUUAAAUAUAAUCAGGAAAGAGAAUAAUUUUAAUAUAUAUUAAUAUCCUAGGUAUUACAAAUCAUCAAUUGAAUAUCUAGAAGACUACAAAACCAUUAUACUUAUAGGUACAUAAAGUUCAGAGAAGUAAAAUCUAAUAAACUUAUUUGUUAAUUACUAUAAUAGUGUUUAAUUUACAGAUCCUUAUAGAUUUGAAAUUAUUGAUGAUAUUGAUAUAAACAAAGAAAAACAAAAUGAUGAAUAUGAAUAAAUGAAAGUUUAUUAUAUUAUUCCAUAAAAUGGUUAAUCAGGACUUAGAAUUAUAUAUACACCAGAUUAUAAUGAUGAUCUAUGUUAUGAUGAUCAAAACAAAUCAGAUAUAAUAUACAAUCUUAUAUCUAAUUCAAUUUCAUUAAAUCAAAACAUUUUAAUUGGUUUUGUUAUUCCUUAAUAAGUUUAAAUAGGUUCAUUUUAUAUGUUAGAAUCUAUCUUAAGUAAAUUUCCAAAUAUACUAAUUUAAAAUAUAGUAUUUUUAUUUCCAGAUUGUAUAAACGACUAUCCUAAAUAGAAAUAAAUAUUAUAAUCUUAAAUAGAAAAUAUAAAUGGAAUAUUAUCUCCUGUUUGUAAAAUGAUAACAACCAUGAGAAAUAUUUGGUAUCUUAAAUUUAAUUCUGCUGCUUUAUUUGUAAAUCAUAAAACUUAAGAAAAUUAAUUUAUCUGGGAAAUGGGUAAUAAUAGUUUUUAAUUGCUACUUAAUAAUUAUUUAUUAAACAAAAUUAAUUAUAAUAAAUUAUCAGAGAUGAAGGUUAAAUAUGAUGAAUUUUAUAAUACUAUUAAUUUUUACAUUUACAUAUAAAAAAUGAAGCAAAAGUUUAUGGAGUUGUAUAAAAGAGACAAUUUUCAUUUAGAUUUUGAAUAAAAAAUAGAAAUUUGUUAAUAAUAAAUAGGAAAGUAUAUAAAUUUAUAAAACGAAGAUUAUUCAUUUUAUAAAAUAAGUUAGCCAACUAAAUAAAUUAUUGAAGAAAUUAUGAAGAAAUUCGAUAACUCCAUAGAAGAAGAUAACAAGAAAUUAGAAUCAUUCUAAUCUCUAUUUAAAAAUUAAGAAUUAUAUAAUAAGAACUUUGAAGAGUUUUAAGAUUUGUUUAAAAAUUUUGAAAAUUCCAUGUUUUAAGAAUAUAAUUCUUGGAGAUUGUAUUUUAGAUUUAAUUCAAUAUUAACUUCUAUUAAUCACAGUUAAUGGAAAUAUUAUGAACAUUUAAAUUCCAAAGAAUAAAGCUCAAAGUAGGAGGGAUGGGAAGAAAGAGUGAAACUAUUAAAUAAUAAAACUAAAUUCUUUUUUUAUUUUGAUAAUUAGAGCAAAAUACCUAAUUUAGAUCAGCUAAGUAAAUUAUGGUUUGAUUAAUAUUUUAUUCCAAAAUAAUGUUCAAUAAUGUAAUAUAUCAAGCAUUCAUGGAGUUUUAAAUAGAAUACUUAUUUUGAGACAGGAUUGAAUGUUGGAAAUGUAAAAUUAUUUAAUAAUUACAAAAAGAUAGAAAUUACAAAAAGAAUAUUAUAAGAUUGUGAUACACAUUUUGAAAAUUUCAUUUAGAAAAUUUUGCAAGUUCUAUUAUCUUGA